CUGCUCGCUUCCAUGCUGUGUGCGUGCGUGCGCGCGCGUGUGUGUGUGUGUGUUCGAGUGAGAGUGUGUAUUACGUCGCCGCGCACAGACCGUGGGGUUGUUGUUCAGUCGAACAGCGCGUGGAUUACCGAUUUCUGAAUUAAACGGAAAAUACAGCCGUACCUGACGCGUCCCAGAGACGUGAACGCAAACCUAGAGAGUGUUUCUCUUGUCUUUUGACGUUUAUCUUAAGCAUGGCUGCGUUAAUGAUUAGAUUACAUGCAGCAGUGACUCCGCGAAAGUUUUGACUUUUAUAACAUCAGUUAUUUCUGGCUCUCCCGACGGAUCCUUCGAGGCUCGAUCAAGCGGAAUCGGGAAUUACGGAAUCUCCUGUAAACUUUGUAAAUGAAGAUUAAAACCACAAUCGGCACUCGCUUCUUCUCUCUGCCAGGCAUCGCACAUGGGGUGACACUGAGGAGCUUCCUGGGCCCCUGAGACGUGACUUCGGGCUGGGCGUCUCAUCUCCUGUGCCCCUGCUGGCCCAGACAAGCCCGGACAAUCUGCCCUCUGAAUGACUACUGGCCAUCUGCUUGCAGGGCUUUGCCAAACGGUCACCAUGAGCAAAUACUCUCAGUACUUCAACAAGACUCUCAUAGAGGUCCACUAUCGCAUUGCCAAGAACAUGAGCCAGAAGGAAUUAAAAGACCGCAUGGAGAGCAAACAAGGCCUGAGCACCCUGAACAUUUUAUUUGUCAUAAUCUGCAGUAUCAUCAUCUUGGAAAACCUCCUGGUGCUCAUUGCCGUCUUUCGCAAUAAGAAGUUCCACUCGGCCAUGUUCUUCUUCAUUGGGAACCUGGCCUUCUCUGACCUGCUGGCUGGCUCCGCUUACAUUGCCAACAUCUUCCUGUCAGGCUCCAGGACAUUUCAUUUGGUGCCUGUCCAGUGGUUCAUACGAGAAGGGACUGCUUUCAUCGCACUGGCCGCCUCAGUUUUCAGCUUGCUGGCCAUCGCCAUAGAGCGCUACAUCGCCAUCACCAAGGUCAAAGUUUAUGGCUCCAACAAAACUUGUCGCAUGUUUCUUCUGAUCGGAACGUGCUGGGUGAUGUCCAUCCUCCUUGGAGGCCUUCCCAUUAUCGGCUGGAACUGUAUUAAUAACCUAAAGGACUGCUCCGCUGUCCUGCCUCUCAACUCCCGAUACUACAUCCUUUUUGUCGUCACCAUCUUCACAGUCAUCUUGCUGUCCAUAGUGAUCCUUUACGUUCGCAUCUACCUUAUCGUGCGUACCAGCCACCAAGAGGCCACCAAUUCUCCAGCUUACGCUCUCCUGAAGACUGUCACGAUCGUGCUGGGCGUCUUCAUCAUCUGUUGGUUGCCCGCCUUCACCAUCCUUCUCCUGGACACUUCCUGUACGAUGGAGCAGUGUCCAGUCCUCAACAAUGCUGCCGUCUUCUUUAGCUUCGCCACACUGAAUUCGGCACUGAAUCCGCUCAUCUACACGUUGAGGAGUAAGGACAUGAGGAAGGAGUUCCUCCGGGUGCUUUGCUGCUGGGGGCUGCUCAAUUGUGGCCGGCCUCCUCACCGCUGCAUGGUACCCCUCAAGAGCUCGAGUUCGAUGGAGCACUGCACCAACAAGCACGAACAUCAGUCCAUUCCCAUCAUGCAGGACUGCACUACCUGCGUUUGAUUUCGUCUGCUCGGGUGUUUGAAGAUAAGGGGAGGCUCCAUCUUGGAGGCAAGGCACAGAAGAUGGAAGUGUUCAGAGGCCCCAUGGAUGAAACGAGAAUCACUAUCAAUGUCUUUGGACAUUUAGAGUAGACAUCACAACUGUGCUACCAGAACUCCCCAUGUUUCCUUUGUUGCUUCUGUCCUUGCAAAACUUUGCAGAAUAAGACCUUGCCACGUAUUUGGCAUUAAGGCAAAUGAAAGCAAGCCAAUUGGUAAUGUUUUUUUAAGCUCUUUGACAAAACAUGAAAAAUCAAAGUUGCACUUUGUAGACUUCUAGGCAGAUUGGGACUGCAUAUUUUAAAAUGCUGGCCGAGCUGCCAGAAGUCACAUACAAGUUGUAUCCUAUCCUCAAGUAGACUGGUUCAGAGAUUCGAGUGGGCAGAUGAAAUCAACAAUGCACUCCAUGUGAGCCAAAUUACCAUGCAUGCUUGCAAAACGUAUUUAUCAAAUUACUUGAUAUACAUAACAUCCCUUGAUUACCGUUUGACAAUAAAAGUAUUCCGCUUCGUUGUAUUGCAUGAAAGCCUAACCUGUGUAAAAACUAAUAUGUAUGGCAAACCUAUGUACAAUUGUCAAUGUUACUCCUCUAUGUCCAUCUUAACUGACUGUCCCUUACUAUUUUUUUUUUUUUUUUUUUUUUUUUGACAUUCCUAAUUUUUCCUAAGAGGAAAGCACAAUCAGAAUGUGAUUACUGAAUUCCUGAUACGAGUUUCUCAGUUGUGUUGGCAUGACAAUGCCGUAGCAUCGCUGCGGCAGCGUAUGCUUUAUUUAGUGCCCUCUUGACGAAUGAAACUGAAUUUAAGAAUGAAGUGUUAUGAGCGAACCUUUUCGCUGAUCGACAGUAUUACCGAACAUCACUGUUCUCCUGUUGAUUAUUGAGCUUGCAGCAACAAGAAUGGGCACUCACUGUGAAGUCUUAAUGACAUUUAAAGUUAACUGAAACGCCAUUGAUAAGACAGGAAAGAUUAAGGUAGAUUAAGACAAACUAAGCAUGCCUUAAAUUCUUCUUUUAAUAGGUCACAAAUCUUCUGAAGAGUCUUUCAACUUCCUGUAACUACAGGAAGUCCGGUGUUUCCUAUUCUCCUUCCUGUUGUUAUGAACUGACCUUGAUGUUCUCAUACGUUAAUAUCAUCAGUCCGACACUUUCACUGGCACAAUCGUUUGCUGUUUGAUCCCAACAUGUUUUAGUUUCCUCUGCUGAUCGCCUUAGUUCAGCAGAGAAAGCACUUUGGCAGCUCUUCCAAUACCGGCCUAAUGUAUUUUGGUUUUUCUUCCUCCUCUUUUUUUUUUUUUUUUUUUUUUUUUUUUAAUGCAUGAAGAGUUUAAGCCUGUGUGAGCAUCCCUAUCACUCCGUUCAAUGUAAAACAUUGCCUACCCUGUGGAACAAUGUUUGUUUUAUAUGAUAAAUAUAUGAAAGUAUGUAUGUAUCUGUGUACAGUAUGUAUGUAUUGUGUAUACUUAUAGAAUGUCUUGUGUGCAAUAGCCUUGUGUUUUAGUAGCAAGCUACCUGUGCUAAAUCGGUACAAUCCCAAACACUAAUGUAGGUACAUACACAUUAGUUCAUUCCUUUUUUUAAUAAAAAGAAAUUAAACGCAAAAAAA